AGGGAGGAGGCGUUACAGAGAGUAGGAUUUGAGGCACCGUGAGAGACAAAAUAUCAGCACAACUUCAUAAACAACUGCUGCAAUCACCUGCAUCAUGAGUUCUGAACCAAGUGAACAAGCUACGACAGUGAAGGUGGAGGACGGGGCAGCUGCUGCUACUCGUGCAGCUCCAGGAAAUAGGGAAUGGCAGUGCCCUUUCAGUGAUAAUCACAUCCACAGAGACGAUUUGAGAAAGGUUUGGAGAGAAUGCCAGGAGGAAAGCUUCUGGCAAAGAGCUCUUCCCCUCUCCCUGGGUAGCAUGGCUGUCACUGGGGGUCUCAUCUACAAAGGUGUUUGGAAAACAUCAAAGGUUCUUGGUCCCAUUCCAAAACUAGCAGCUGCGGGGAUCUUGGGUUAUGCAGUGGGGAAAGCAUCCUAUGUUGGAACUUGCCGAAGCAAGUUUAAGGAGCUCGGCAUUCAGGAUGGACCGGGAUUUGGCCCCUGGUCUAUGGGAGAUCGUUUUGGUCCUGGACGCAGAGGCUGCCAUCAUAUGUGUGAAGAAUGUAAGAAAAAAGCUCAAGCAGCACCUGAAAAACAAGUUUAAAGGCAGAGACUCGUGGGAAACACCGAAGGAUCAGCUGCCAGCGUCUAUCUGUCACUUUCAAAAUGCCUAUUUCUUAAAUGCUAUAAACCCUGAAUAUAUUGUAA